AUGACAGCACCACCCUCUUCGGACUCUGAUAUUACAGGACCACUUUCUGCUACUGACUUUAACCUAUCAGCACCACUUUUUACAACAGAGUCUCACAAGACAGCACCACUUCCUACUACUGACUCUUACAUGUUAGCACCACUUUCUACUAAAGAGUCUGGUAUUACAGCAACCCAUUCAACUACUGGCUGUAACAUGGCAGCACCACUUUUUACUACAGAGUCUAACAAGACAGCACCACUAUUUACUGCUGAACCUAGUGUGACUGCUUCUUUUUCUAUUGUAGAGUCUAAUAAAACUGGAUCACUUUCUACUGCCAAGAUUGAAACAACAGCACCACUUUCUAGUACUGCAAAUUCUAAAGUGACACCACAUCUUUUAGCAACAGAAUCUACUGUUACAGCACCACUUUCUUCUGCACUAUCUAAUACAGCAGUUCAGCAAACUACCAAAGACCACAUGCGGCUUUCAGCUAAAAAAUGUAGCAGAAAAGAACCUCACACCAUGAUGAUAUCUGGUGCAGCAGACCUACUUCCUGGUACAAGUCCUAAUAACACAGUCCCCUUUUCUUCAGCAGAGCCCAAUGCAGAUACACUGCUUCCAAGUCUAGAUGCUCCUCUAUCUUCUCCAAUGCCUGGUGCAUUGACACCACUUUUUUACUCUGUGCUUGACAGCGCAGCACCACUUUUGAACCCUGAUGGACAAAGUAGCCAUAGCCCUUCUACUGCUGGCAGUAUCAAUAACACCUUUCUUCAACUAAAUACGUCAGUUGGUGAACAAUUGGUGGACAACAUGCUGGACCAAGCCAGACCUGUACCAACAAACACCAAUGGGGUGCUGACCGAUGACAAAGUGACCAGUGAUGUGUUGACCAAUAAUAUGGCAAUCAGCAAAACGAUGACCGAUGGCACAGUUAUGGAAAAAAACAUGGUGGCUGGUGACAGUGGCUGUCCUGGCUCCCAAAGUGACAGCUCACUGACCAUGGCUAUAGCAGAGUCCUAUGAUGGAGAUGGAGAACCCCCAGGCUGUAGGACCUCCUCAGAUGACUGCCUGGAUGAUAUGACCACAGUGGAGUCAGCCAUUCCCUCACCUACACAGUCUGCCUAUGCUGGGUCUAUCAGAGACCUGAAAAGAAUGGCCAACAAGAAGAAGAAAGGGGUUCUCAAGAGGCCUCUACCACUGCAAGAACUGAAUGGUGGAUGUCAGGAGAGUAGGGAUGGGUAUAAGAAGUCGGUUUCAUUUUACUGCCCAGUGGAAGAGGCACAGUCUUCAUUGAGUAGCCAUGACUGUGAUGUAAAGACAGUUGAAUUUAGAUCAAAGAAGCAGGAGACAAAGGGGAAACCAAGGAAAGAGAACUUGAAGCAUAACUGUAUGUCUUCAAAAGCACCAUAUUCCCAGAUAAAGAAAAACACUCCAUUGUUGUUGAGAACACCUAAGGUGUAUGUAAGGUCACUGGAUGUGUUGGUUAACUCCAAUCAAAACAAUAACAACAGGAGUUUAGGGUCAUCUAGAUCUAGCAGUAGAAACACCAAUGAUGCCUCACAAGUUUCUGUAUCAGAAACAGCACCAGGGACACCAACAUCAGCAGCAUCAGUGACAGCAGUGACGACAGCAACAUCUCAAGUAUUAACAACAAUUACAGCAGCAACAGCAUCACAAAGUACCUUAUCAGGGCUACCCUCCAGUUCAGUGAUGACUGGAUCAAACAGUAGAAGCUACACUCAGUCUACUUCCCAAAUAACCACAGGAGAAACAGUAAGGGGUUCACCCUCUCCAGCAGUAUCAGAGAUGUCAGCCUCACCUGCAAGGGUUACCAAUAUGAAGAGUGCCUGCACCCAGACUGUAGAGACAGCUGUGGGUCAGCCUUUACAGCUGCAGUACUUUUGCCUGUGUCCUCGACACGGGUGGGUUCCAGCCACCUCCACCACUGCUACUGCUGCUGCUAGGUCUGAUCCUUUCUUGGUGCCAUCGGCUCAUGCUAACACCCAUACCAGUGGUGGAUCUCUCAAGCUCAAAGGCACUGAGGAUGGCAUGAAAGGAGGAAGCAAAGAGAAAGGGUUUGAAGAAGGUAAAGGUAGUAAGGAACCGGGUGAGAAGUCUGCUGGUGUGAAGAAAAAAGUUUCCAGAGGCAAGAAAAGUGGACAGUCUUCUUCUAAGAGAAGAUUGAUCAAUUUCUUUAAGAGGAAAAGCAAGGUUUCAUCUAUGGACAAGUUGAUGAUUGAAGACACUGGGGCAGCAGUUGGUGGUCAGGCAGUUGCCUGUUCAUGUCCUACACUGACCAGUGGUCAUCCGGAUGAGGCUCCUCCAAGGCUGCAACAGUCCCAUGGUGAUUUGCUAUGGUGUGGGGCUGUACCCUCUUCUACAGCCGUCCACACAGAGAGUUCCGACCGCUUUGUCUCUCCACCGGAUUCCAAGCCGACAUCUACCGGAGCGCCCAGUUCUACCAGCACAGAUCGCCAAGAGCUGCCAGUCAUACCAAGCUCGAGGUCUUCCUCUUCUUCUCUCUCAGAGCUGAUGCACUCUAACCUCAUCUGUCAGCUGGAUGCUGCUUCCCUUGCAGGUUCCUCCUCUCUGUCUGAGCCCCUGUUUCAACAGGCUACUGGCAUGGUCCAUAGUGUUAGCACACAAACCAUACUGCAUGGCUUUGCUUCCUCUCUCCCUGUAGACGUAGACCCUGCCAUGUGCCGCUCUGUGUCUGACUAUCUGCUGGAUGAUUCCAUGGUGAUAGAGAUGAAGAAGUAUACUGAGGAAGAAGAGGAAGGAAGUGAGUGGGACUCGGAGGCUGCUGAUGGAGGGGAAGAACCAACUCAGAUGGAUGAAAUGAAACAGUCAGUGGAAUUCUAUCUCAGUGAGUCUGAAGACAAUAAGAUGGAGGAACAAGAUCAGCCAGCCACCAGGGAUGAAGAAGAGGAUGACAGUGAGUCUUCAGAUGAUGGUGAUAAUGAUACAGAGUGUGGUGCACUGGGAGACUCCACACUGUUAAAAUAUGAACAUCUCAUCCAGCAGGUGAUACAUACAGUGCAGCAAGCUUAA